CUGCUUCACCUUUAUCUGUGAUUUCUGAACAGUGGAUGUUUUUUAUUCUUUCACACAGCUUGUACAGGAAGUGAGACUGUCAGUCUUUUGUCUCUGUUUUCUGAACUAAUUUACAGAAGUACAAAUAGAUUUAGCUGAAUAAAGCACUACUGUAUAUAGUGUAUAUAUCUUUAUCUCAAAGCUAGCUAUAGCCUUUUAUUAACUUUUGCUAUACUUUGAGUGGGUAGCUUUUUAGAGCCAUAUGUUAGCUUCAUAAAGUCAUAUUUAGGUCAACUUCAGCAAUCUGGUUUACAGGGUGGAGCUGUUGGCCAUGAAGGUUUUUUUUGAACUAAUGAAAUAUGAUAUCUAUAUGAAAUAUAAAUCUCUGAACGAUAUUUAAAGGUAAAAAUUACGCAUUUUUGAUGAAUUAGAAAUCAUGUCAGAACGAGAGUAUUUUGUAUUAUUGAAAUAUUCUUCGGUUAUAUGCAGGAGCGCUUACAGCCACAGUUAAUUCAGAUUUGUCAAAACCCCAGGUGCAGUUAAUCGCAAAUUAGCUGAACUUUAGCCACAAUGUGAGUCAAACUAAAACCAAUAAACUACUAGCAGCUCACAACAUGUAAGAUUUGGACCGUUCGGUGAAAUAUGACCGUUUUCAAUAUGUUUGUCUCGUGAAUUAAUGCAAGAGUAGGAAAUGUGUAAAGAUUUACCACCAUGGACUCUUCACUAAGAAAGUAUUGCUCAUUGAAGAAGGAGCCAGAUGUUACCUCAGCACCGCUGUGGGCCGGCUGUCACUCAGAGCAUCUCUGACCAAUCGGAGCCCAGCCUGGCUCCUCCCUCCAACUCCCUCCUCUGGCUGCAGAGAACGAGAGCCUGGACUCAGAGGGGCUCUGAGUUCUCCUUCUUCUUUCUGCUCAGCUGCUGCUGCUCCUGCUGUUGCUGGACCAUGGACAGAGGAGAAGUUCUGGCCGUCUGGCUCCUCUGCUGGAGCUGCAGCGUCUCCCUGGUCACCUCCAUCCACAGGACUGACAUGUUCCCUUAUGGCUCCCUAAGUGGAGAUCUGAUUCUAGCUGAAGGAGACGAUGAGACCUCCAGAGUCCUGACCCUGCCCAGACCCCUGUACUUCUACAACUCUGCCUUCACACAACUCUACGUGGCCACCAAUGGAAUUAUCUCAGCUCAGGACCUGCCCAUGGAGAAGCAGUACGUGGACGAUGGCUUUCCCACAGAUUUCCCUGUUGUGGCGCCGUUCCUCGCCGACAUUGACACCACCGGAGGACGAGGACAGAUUUACUACAGGGUUACUGAAACUCCAAGCGUCCUGAACCGAGUGGCCCAGGAAGUGCACAGAGGAUUCCCAGAUGCCAAAUUCACCCCCACACAUGCCGUAGUAGCCACCUGGGAGAACGUGGCAGCUCACGAGGAGCAGAGUCGGACUGUUGGACCUUCAAACAAGGUCAACACCUUCCAGGCAGUGAUUGGUUACGAUGAGACCACCUCCUACGUCCUCUUCCUGUACCCUGAAGAUGGUCUGAACUUCUUCAGGACACGACCCAAGGAGUCGUAUAACGUAGAGAUCGAGUUCCCCGCUCGCGUCGGCUUCAGCAGAGGAGAAAUCACAUAUCUGCUCUUCGGUCGCACUGAGGGACCUUACUACAGUGUUGUUGGAGAGGAUCAGAGCAUACACAGCCUUUACCAAGUUGGAAACACAGGUAUUCCAGGAAUCUGGCUUUUCCAUACUGGAAAUCGUUAUUCCUUUGACAACAUAGUCCCAGCGUCCAUCGGUGGUCUCCUGGCCACCUCACCAACUGGAGGUCUCCCCCUGGACACCACCACCCCUGAGUAUGGUGAGUUUGAAGAAUACCCAGACCACACCUUUGAGCGUGAUCAUGAAGAGGAGGACGGAGAGGACGGAGAGGAGGAUGACUACCCUCUGACUGGAGGAGAUCCUGAAUUCCAGCCAGCUCCUGCUGGAACAGAUCAUUCAGCGCCUCCUCAGCCAGAGAACCCAGAUUCUCCUCUUCAUCCUUCAGAGCAACCUCAUCCUCAUCCUCACCACCAGCCGAGCUAUGUCACUGAAGAACCCAGGUAUGAAGCGGGACCAGCAGGGCGUCGGUAUGUUCCUCCACAAUCUCCAGACUCGGUACGAGCAGGGGGCGCUGUGGAGCCACAACAACCACAGGUUCCUCUGGAGGUGGUGGACGUUUACCCUCCUCCCAGAAAUGUACCUCAUUUGUCCCCUGGAGGUCAUGUGGUCAGCGUGGAUGAAGAGGACAUAGACAUUGACACAGGAGUGAUCCAGUACACUACAGAGAACAAGGAAACCUGUGCCAGAUUCCAGCAGCAGUGUUCCCAGAAUGCAUUCUGCUCAGACUACGCCACAGGUUUUUGCUGCCACUGCCGACCAGGGUUUUAUGGAAACGGACGACACUGUUUACCUGAUGGAGCUCCUCAGCGUGUCAGCGGUAAAGUGAGUGGAACUGUUACAGUGGGAUCUACACCAGUGCAACUGAACAACAUCGACCUUCACGCCUACAUCGUGGUGGGAGACGGACGGGCCUACACUGCUAUCAGUGAGGUCCCAGAACCAGUGGGCUGGGCUUUGAUGCCAGUCGCACCAAUUGGAGAACUGUUUGGCUGGUUGUUUGCCCUGGAGCUGCCCGACAGCCAGGCAGGCUUUAAAACCACAGGUGCUGAGUUCACCCGUCAGGCUGAGGUUGUCUUCUACCCUGGAAACCAGCACCUGUCCAUCACCCAGACUGGACGUGGCUUGGAUGACCACAACCACCUGACCGUGGACUCCGUGGUUCAGGGCAGUGUUCCCUUCAUUCCUCCUGGAGCCGAGGUCACCAUGGAUCCCUUCAGAGAGACGUACCAGUACUACCCAUCAGUGGCCACAUCCAGCUCUGUGAGGGAGUUCACCGUGGUCUCAGCUGAGCGUGGCUCUGAGUCCUUCUCCUUCCAGCUCAAACAGAACAUCUCCUUCCGUGACUGUCGACACGAUAACAGAGCGGCGGCUCCGGAGACGCUGCAGAUCUCCAUGGAGAGGGUGUUCGUCAUGUACGUGAAGGAGGAGAGAAUCCUGAGAUAUGCUGUCACCAACAAGAUCAGUCCAGUCGGAGCUGUGUCCACAGGACCAGAGCUGGUCAACCCCUGCUACUCUGGGAACCACGACUGUGACACCACAGCCCAGUGCAUCCCACUUGAAGCACAGAGCUUCCAGUGUCAGUGUGCAACGGGCUACAGAGGAGACGGACGCAACUGUUACGACAUUGAUGAGUGCGCUGAGGGACUCAGUUCAUGUGGUGCACACUCUGAGUGUUUGAACCUGCCGGGGAGCCACCGCUGCCAGUGUCACGACGGCUACGAGUUUGGCUUUGACGGAAGAACCUGUGUUGAUGUGGACGAGUGCAGUUCUUCUCCCUGUCACAUCAGUGCCAGAUGUAUCAAUGCACUGGGCUCUUUCCAGUGUCAGUGUCAGCCAGGCUUUUAUGGUGAUGGUUUCUUUUGCUCCCAGCAACAAGCCGAGACCGUUCGUCCUAAAACCCAGUGUGAGCAGCAUCGAGACAGUCUUCAGAGCGGGGUGGACCAGAGUGGACAGCCCAGUGUUGGAGCCUUCAUCCCGCAGUGUGACAACGAUGGACGAUAUCGGACACUACAGUGUCAUGGCUCCACUGGACAUUGUUGGUGUGUGGACCACUGGGGACAGGAGAGAGCAGGAACCAGGACUCCUCCUGGUGCAGCACCGAAAGACUGUGAUAAACCAGAAGAACCGGCUCGUCCAAAAACCCAGUGUGAACAUCACAGAGACAGUGUCCAGACCACCAGUCCAGAGGGACAUCCCAUAUUAGGAGCCUACAUUCCCCAGUGUGAUGCUCACGGCCAGUACAAAACCCAACAGUGUCAUGGCUCCACUGGACAUUGUUGGUGUGUGGACAGCACAGGACAGGAGAGAGCAGGGACCAGGACUGCACCCGGGACAUCCUCUGUGGACUGUGACAAACCAGAUGAACCAGUUCGUCCUAGAACUCACUGUGAGCAUCACAGAGACAGUGUCCAGACCACCAGUCCAGAGGGACAUCCUUUACUGGGAGCCUAUGUACCCCAGUGUGAUGAUAAUGGAGAGUACUCAGCUCUGCAGUGCCACGGCUCCACUGGAUAUUGUUGGUGUGUUAACAACAGGGGAGAAGAAAUAUCAGGAACCAGAAGCUCGCCUGAUUCACUAAUACCAGACUGCGACAAACCAGUUGAACCAACACGUCCUAAAACCCGCUGUGAACAGCACAGGGACAGUGUCCAGACCACCAGUCCUGAAGGAUACACCUUAUUAGGAGCCUUUGUUCCAGAGUGUGAUGCUAACGGACAGUACAGACCUCAGCAGUGUCACGGCUCCACUGGACAUUGUUGGUGCGUGGACAGUACAGGACAGGAGAGACCAGGAACCAGGACUGCACCUGGUACACAAUCUACAGACUGUGACAAACCAGAGGAUCCAGUUCGUCCCAAAACUCACUGUGAGCACCACAGAGACAGUGUCCAGACCACCAGUCCUGAAGGAUACCCUUUAUUAGGAGCAUAUGUACCCCAGUGUGAUGACCAGGGUCUGUACAUACCACUGCAGUGUCACGGUUCUAGUGGACAUUGUUGGUGCGUGGACAGUAAUGGACAGGAGAGACCAGGAACCAGGACACCCCCUGGUACACAACCUAAAGACUGUGACAAACCUGAUGAACCACUGCGUCCUAAAACUCAGUGUGAGCACCACAGAGACAGUGUCCAGACCAGCAGUCCUGAGGGAUAUCCAGUAGUCGGAGCCUUCGUACCAGAGUGUGACUCAGAGGGACAGUACGUCCCUCAACAGUGCCAUGGUUCCAGUGGACACUGUUGGUGUGUGGACAGUUCAGGACAGGAGAGAGCAGGAACCAGGAGUACACCUGGUACACAACGUGUAGACUGUGACAAACCAGAUGAACCAGAACGACCCAAAACUCACUGUCAACACCACAGGGACAGUGUCCAGACCACCAGUCCAGAGGGAUAUCCUUUACUGGGAGUGUUUGUGCCUGAGUGUGAUUCUUAUGGCCAGUACAGACCUCAGCAGUGUCAUGGCUCUACUGGACAUUGUUGGUGUGUGGACAGUACUGGACAAGAGAGAGCAGGGACCAGGUCCGACCCUGGAACACCGUCUGUGGACUGUGACAAAUCAGAUGAGUCACUUCGCCCUAAAACCCACUGUGAGCAGCACAGAGACAGAGUCCAGACCACCAGUCCUGAGGGACAUCCUAUCGUGGGACUGUUUGUACCUGAGUGUGACGACAGUGGAGAAUACAAACCUCAACAGUGCCAUGGCUCCACUGGACAUUGUUGGUGUGUUGAUACUAGGGGACAGGAGAGACCUGGUAGCAGAACUGCACCUGGUACACAGCCUAAAGACUGUACCAAACCAGUUGUACAUGUAAGACCUAAAACCCACUGUGAGCACCACAGAGACAGUGUCCAGACCACUAGUCCAGAGGGUUUUCCAAUAAUCGGGGCCUUCGUACCUGAGUGUGACUCAGAGGGACAGUACUUAUCUCAGCAGUGCCAUGGAUCCACUGGACAUUGUUGGUGCGUGGACAGUACAGGAGAGGAGAGAGCAGGGACCAGGACUCCACCUGGUACACCGUCUGUAGACUGUGACAAACCAGUUGAACCAGUUCGUCCUAAAACUCACUGUGAGCAUCACAGAGACAGUGUCCAGACCACCAGUCCAGAGGGACAUCCUUUACUGGGAGCCUACAUUCCCCAGUGUGAUUCUAUUGGACAGUACAAAUCUCAGCAGUGUCAUGGCUCCACUGGACAUUGUUGGUGUGUGGACAGCACAGGACAGGAGAGACCGGGGACCAGGACUGCACCUGGUACUCCCUCUGUGGACUGUGACAAACCAGAUGAACCAGUUCGUCCUAAAUCCCAGUGUGAGCAUCACAGAGACAGCAUCCAGACCACCAGUCCAGAGGGACAUCCUGUUGUGGGGCUGUUUGUACCUGAGUGUGACGUCAGUGGAGAAUACAAACCUCAACAGUGUCAUGGCUCCACUGGACACUGUUGGUGUGUGGACAGUAGAGGACAGGAGAGAGCAGGAACCAGGACUGCACCUGGUACACCCUCUGUGGAUUGUGACAAACCAGACGAGCCAGUACGUCCUUUAACUCACUGUGAACACCAUCGAGGAAGAGUCCAGACCAGCAGCCCAGAAGGACAUCCUGUUGUUGGAGUGUAUGUACCACAGUGUGAUGACCAUGGUCAGUACAUCCCCCUACAGUGCCAUGGCUCCAGUGGACAUUGUUGGUGUGUGGACAGUAGGGGACAGGAGAGAGCAGGGACCAGGACUGCACCUGGUACACAACCUAAAGACUGUGACAAACCAGUUGAACCAGUUCGUCCUAAGACCCACUGUGAGCACCACAGAGACAGUGUCCAGACCACUAGUCCAGAGGGACAUCCUAUUCUCGGAGCUUUUAAACCUCGGUGUGACGCAGAAGGACAGUACCGCCCUCGGCAGUGUCAUGGAUCCACUGGACAUUGUUGGUGUGUGGACAACACAGGACAAGAGAGACCAGGAACCAGGACUGCACCUGGUACUCCCAGUGUAGACUGUGACAAACCAGUCUCUGUUGCUCCAACCCAGCGUCCGGAGAGUGUGUGUCAACGAUGGAGGGCUAGUUUGAUUGAGCACUACGGUGGGAAACCCGAGCCGCAGAACUACGUACCUCAGUGUGAGCUGGAUGGAGAGUUCAGUCCAGUCCAGUGUUAUGGAGAGACCACCUACUGCUGGUGUGUGGACCAGGACGGACGGGAGGUUCCUGGCACCCGAUCACAUGAUGUGGUCAAACCUGCUUGUCUUCCAACAGUGGCCCCUCCCACAAUCAGACCACUGCCCCGCCCAGACGUGACUCCUCCUCCAAACGGUGACGUCACACUGUUGUAUGCUCAGGGACAGAAAAUCGGGGCCCUGCCUUUGAACGGCACCAGACUGGACCCGAGUGGCUCCAAAACACUGCUGACUCUGCAUGGUUCCAUUGUCGUUGGAAUCGCCUAUGACUGCAAAGAGAACCAUGUCUACUGGACAGAUCUGUCUGCGAGAACCAUCAACAGAGCUUCAAUGAGGCCUGGAGCUGAGCCUGUGAUUCUCAUCAACACAAAUCUGGUCAGUCCAGAAGGUCUGGCUGUGGACGUCAAUCGUCGACUGAUGUUCUGGGUUGACUCCAACGCUGACAUGAUUGAAAAAGCCAACCUGGACGGCAGCGACAGGAGGACGGUGUUCAACACUGACCUGGUCAACCCGCGGGCCAUCAUAGUGGUCUCCUCUACUGGCACCCUCUACUGGACGGACUGGAACAGAGAGGCUCCAAAGAUCGAGUGUUCGUCAGUGGACGGUCAGAACCGCAGGGUGGUGGUGUCAGACGGUAUCGGCCUGCCCAACGCUCUGACCUACGACUCUUCAUCUGGACAGAUCUGCUGGGCUGAUGCAGGUACGAAGCGUCUGGAGUGUGUGUCUCCUGAUGGUUCUGGUCGGAGGGUGAUCCACCCCACACUCAACUACCCCUUCAGUAUGGUUUACCACAGGAACCACUUCUACUACACAGACUGGAGGAGGGACGGUGUGAUCGCCGUGAACAAAGACAGUCAGUUCACAGACGAGUACCUGCCCGAUCAGCGCUCACAUCUGUACGGCAUCACGAUAGCAACCACUCAGUGUCUAUGAGGAAGUCACUAAUGUGGGAGCAGUGGUCACUGUCCUUGGUGCUAAAGAAUCAUCUGUGGUGACUCCUGACCAGAGCACGGACCACAGUCCUGUCCACCAUGUUCCUGUCUUGGUUCCUCAGGAGAACAUCAAGAUGUCAGAUUGACAUUAUCACCCCCCCUCCCCACCCCUAAACACUUCCACCCCCAAACAAUCCCCUUUAUCUCCACCUUAAAGAUAUAACCCUAAAAAAUAAGUGUUUUGUACAUUUGUUUUAUACCUCAUUUUUUAAUUUUUUCUACUGUAUUUUUUUUUAAAUCGUGAAUUUGUUUUUUUCUACAGAUUAAAAGCUACACAAUGAAAUUGGAAUUUAAAUGUACAAUAAUGGCAUCUGAGUUUUUUGUUCUUGAAAGAGUAAGCGAUGGGUACACACAUUCAGGUUGUCUAAUCUGGCUCCUCCACAGUCUCUGAAUUUGAACUGAACACUAACGAUUACACAACCUCUCACUCACACACUCACAGUAACCCAUUCCAAGUCUGCUCUAGGUUUCCCAGUUUUUAUUUACAGAAAAACGUGACGGCAGCGAGAAGAUGAUGACAAAGUUCAACCUCAGUCUCUGAAGAAACAACUCAAC